UAUCUUUAUGUUCCCAAUUUUGAUAUAAUAUCAGCGAAGCAAAGCAGGACACGACUGUUGUCAUUCUUGUUAACACUCCCAUCCUUUUCUCCCUUACCCCAAAAUCUCCCCAGCCGCCACUCUUUUGUAAAAAUGGUUGUGGGUGUUCUUGCUUUACAGGGAUCUUUCAACGAACACAUCGCAGCAUUGAAAAGAUUGGGAGUGAAAGGGGUGGAGGUGAGGAAACCAGAACAGUUGCAGAAUGUCAGCUCCCUUAUCAUCCCUGGUGGUGAGAGCACUACCAUGGCUAAGCUGGCCGAGCUCCACAAUCUGUUCCCUGCUUUGCGCGAGUUUGUUCAAUUGGGGAAGCCAGUAUGGGGGACAUGUGCAGGCCUCAUUUUCUUGGCAAAUAAAGCAACUGGGCAGAAAACUGGAGGACAGGAACUGAUUGGAGGCCUCGAUUGUACCGUCCACCGAAACUUUUUUGGGAGCCAGAUUCAAAGCUUUGAGACAGAACUUCCUAUUCCUCAAAUUGUAGCUAAAGAAGGUGGUCCUCCAAGUUUUCGUGCUGUUUUUAUCCGUGCUCCUGCAAUCCUUGAUGUAGGACCAGAUGUUGAAGUGCUGGCAGACAUUCCUCUCUCAGCCGUUGAAACUAUUAAUUCCAAUCAUGCUAUUCAGAAGGAAGAG